UAGCAGCAAACAGUCCCCAUUUACACUGUAAUAUUGUUGCACCGCCACACGUGUGGAGGAGAGACAGCCAAAAGCAUGCGUAACCAACCGCGUGGGCCUCUGGUUCUUUUGUUGCCUUGCAGGCUUCGCUCUUCUUUUUCGCUUUUCGCUGCCCAAUUGGCGACGAUGGCUUCUUCGAUUCAAAUUAACUCUACGGAUCCUGAUUCCGUCUUUGAGCCAAAAAGUUCUGCGACCUGCCUUCUUGGUCCCGAGUCGGGUCAUCGUCCUCUCUUUGCUCCACCACGGGUUCUUGCGUUUAUUUUACUUUAGCCUCUUUUUUAGUCUACAAUGAAGCAUCUUCAACCCGCUGCCUAAAAUAGCUACAAAUCUCUUCUUCUUCUAUGUACCCAUGUUAGAUGGUAUAACGACGUCAAGCCACAUC